AUUACAAUAGACGAUGGUGAACAAUGGUGUGAGCUGUAACCUGAGUGGCGUAAGGCACUUGGCAUAUCCCAACUCCGCGGAGAGCUCCAGCUAGACUGCUACCCACGCAUACGCCUACCAUGUCGUAUUAAUUCCCACGACCAGGGUGGGGGGGCAAUUGAUCAAGGCACCAGAGACCGCGAGUCGAUGAGCCCCCUUCGACAUGCUAGGUAUAAUACCUAUUGAUGCGGACUCAGGUCCACCACCCUGGCGUUGCCCUCCCAGAUAGGUAUUUAUGCCUUUCGCCUCAGGGAGCUCGACGCCAAUACGACCAAGCUACAUACUGGGGACGCGAUCGUUGCUGCCACUGCCACUUCUUUCGGGGAGAGAGACAAAGAUGUCUGCUCAGAAGCCGGCGAUCACGCCCUCGCCUGCCAGGUCCAUCACCUCUUCCGACAACGACAACCCAACGUCAGAAGGGAAGUUGAAUAGCAAGGAUGGGGGAGAUUUGAGCCCCCCGACCCCACUGGCCUUGGCAACCCGUGAAGGCGAACGCAUGGAGGCGGCGCUUGGCCGUGCUAUACUGCGCUUCCUGGGCAUUCGGAAGGGCCGAGAGGACGACGAAUACGAUCUCGAUUCAGUCGCUACGCAACCCAGCAUUUGGGACUCCGAGAAUGUGGAAGAGUACAAGCAAGUCUAUAUCCAUCCCCAGUGGGAGAACUGGUCGGCUUUCGACCCCAAGUUCCGCUGGACGUGGAGGGAGGAGAGGGCAGUAAGGCGCAAGGUCGAUUGGAAGAUAAUGGUCUGGGUUUGCAUCAUGUUCGCUGCCCUGAACAUUGACCGAGGCAACAUCUCCAACGCUGUAUCAGACAAUAUGCUUGACGAUCUCGGCCUCACUCGCGGUGAUUAUAACAUUGGCCAAACCAUCGCUCGAGUUGGCUUCCUAGCUGCCGAACUCCCAUCGCAGCUGAUCUCUAAACGUAUCGGCCCAGACCUUUGGAUUCCGAUACAGAUUUGCAUUUUCAGCGCAAUUUCCGCCUUGCAGUUCUUUCUCAGCGGACGAACUUCUUUCCUCGUUACUAGAUAUUUAAUCGCGACGUUCCAAGGCGGGUUUAUCCCCGACACAAUCCUUUACUUGAGUUACUGGUACACCGGCAAAGCGCUUCCAAUCAGACUGGCUUGGUUCUGGAUGUCCUCGCAACUAGUCGAUAUCGGCGUUGGUUUCGGCGCUGUCGGUCUUUUGUCGAUGCGUGGUAUAUUGGGAUACGAAGGAUGGCGGUGGUUGUUCCUUAUCGAGGGCGCUUUCACUUUCUUGAUUGGAAUCGCCUCCUUCUUCCUCAUGCCCCAGUCUCCAGCUAGGACAAAGAGCUGGUGGAACCCUCGGGGGUAUUUUAACGAGAACGAAGAGAAAAUUAUUGUUAACUCCGUAAUCCGAGACGACCCCCAGAAAGGAGGAAUGUACAACCGCCAAGGCCUGUCCGUCAAGCAGAUCUGGGAAUGUGCGAAAGACUACGACAUGUGGCCACUGUACGCUCUGGGCUUGUUAUUUGGCCUGCCAAAAUACCCAGUGGGACAAUACUUAACGCUCUCCUUCCGCGGCCUAGGCUUCAACGUCAUCGAGACUAAUUUGCUUUCAAUCCCGAAUGUUGUCGGCUCAAGCUUGACAAUGCUACUCAUUACUGCCCUGAGUGAGUUGGUGGAUAAUAGAAGUUUCGUGUCAAUGGCAGAGGAUGCCUGGCUAUUGCCUUGCUUUGCGGCCUUGAUAGCUUUGCCGGACCCUAUCGGUGCCUGGUCGUACUUCGCGAUCGCAACAGUAUUGUUGUCGUUCCCCUAUACCCAUCCUAUACAGGUUGCCUGGACCAGUCGAAACGCAGGAUCAGUCCAGAAUAGGACAGUUUCUGCCUCUCUCUAUAAUAUGUGGGUUCAAGUUAGUGGGAUGAUCGGAGCGAAUAUUUAUCAACCCGAUGACGCGCCGAGGUACUUCAAAGCAAAUAAAGGCCUGUUAGUUAUCUGCAUCUGGAUGUGUAUUAUACAAUACCCUGCUACAUUUUUCUACUACCGAUGGAGAAACAACUCGAAGGCAAAGAAAUGGGAUGCCAUGACUGCAGAGGAACAAGACCAUUAUAGGAAGACUACAACCGACAUAGGCAACAAACGACUCGAUUUCCGUUUCGCGACUUAAAUCACGACACCAGCUGGUUGGGUAGCUAAAAGGACGCGGGGGGCUUAACUAGAAGAAACGCUUGCAACCAAUUGGUCCUAUGGCAAGAUGGCAGCUUACUCCCCAUAGUCUCGGCACGGGAUUUCUCACUUUAUCAUCGGGACUACCAAGCGGCAAUGUUCAUGUCGUAUAUACCUAUAUAGCAUCUAGCCCGUGUAUAUACCGCUUCUAGCUUGGAAACGUAGCACCUAUGUUACUUAAGUUGGUGGUAUUACCUAAAAA